CUCGUCGCUCGGAAACCCAACCGCGAUCCUCAACUUCAAUCAUCAAGAAAGUCGUAUCGACAUUCCGCGGACAACCUCUUACUGAAAUUCUCCUAUCUCAAACUGAUUCGUGACCUCUUCGAUGGUGGACACCUCGGAUGACGGGCAGUCCGGCCCAAGAAUUAUACAAUGGAUUCUUGAUACCCGACCUCUAUGGCCAGUACCGGGGAAGCUCAAACCCAAGGAGGAAGUGGAGAAGCUCAAGACGGUGGUACACCGCCAUCAAAUCUCCCAACAUUUUUCGUGAUUUGUCACUCACAAAUACAGGCUUCACGAGCUCUGUCCUUGCUCUCUGAAUCUGAACAAGCUUCGGUGCUGAAGUAUUACCACCUGAACGACGCGAAAAUGAGCCUAGCUUCCCACUUGCUGAAGCAUAUGGCCAUCACCAAAUAUUGCAACGUUCCUUGGCCACAAAGCACCAUUUCUCGGGAUACGAAUGGGAAGCCCUGCUUCAUCCCCAAGGGUGCGACGAAGCCCGUGACCAUGGAUUUCAACGUCAGCCAUCAAGCUGGGAUUGUCAGCUUCAUCGCUUCUGUUGGGUUCGAUGCCAGAGUGGACGUCGGAACGGAUGUCGUGUGUGCCAAUGAGCGAGAAAGGCAUGAUUACGCCCACAUUGAGACGAAAGGCUUCUUCGACUGGGUGGACAUGCAUGGAGAUGUUUUUGCGGAGUCCGAGUUGAAUCACAUGAAAUUGUCUCCUGUGCCUAUCAAUCUUGGCAGGCCCGACGUCAGCAUGAGGGGAUUUGCAAAGGAUGCUCUUUCAAGAUGUCAGUGGAGAAAUGCGAAGCUCGACCUUAAGGUCACUGCAGUAGAUGGCGAGGAAUCAGUUGCGCAGGUUGACAGCAAUUCUGUGGUCGACAAGAAGCUGAGGAGAUUCUAUGCCAUGUGGUGCUUGAGGGAGGCCUAUGUCAAGAUGACAGGCGAAGCGCUUCUGGCUCCUUGGCUGAAGGAUCUAGAAAUUUCAGAUGUCCAGGCACCGGAUGCAGCAAGUGAUAUUCAAGAGGCCAAUUCAUUGGUGGGGGGAGAAGUCGUGAAAGAAUUCAACAUCUUCUUCAAGGGGAGGAAGGUCACGGAUGUGAAAAUGGAGCUAUCGGCGUUAGGACCUGCGUACAUGGUUGCUGGUUCUCUCAGUAUGCCGAAAGACAACCCCGAUUUGGCUUUGGGACCGUGGCAUAUAUUGAGACUCGAAGAAGAUAUUCUGUCUGUUGCCGAACGUACUCUUUGAAUUAGCCUCGACUCGGAGCGCUGUGUUUAGUUCACAUCACCUGGUACGACGUUCAACUCAGCCUGUCUCGACGUUGUCACAUAGACUGCAGACGUGGUAUAUGCGAGAGACACCAUAACAACAUCAAACUCCCUGGG